CAGCAGUAGAUCUGAUGGCUUCGAGUAGCUCUAACACGGCAAAUACGUCUACCCAGGCCGUGUUGACGGCAUUUAUAACCAACGGUGUGGUUUUCGGUGUGUUUGUUGGUUUGUUUCUUUUGCUGAGACUAAAGUUUUUAAGAAUCUAUCAACCAAAGUCCUCGUUCGAUUUGAUCAACGAGGAAAAGAAACCUGAACCACUGCCAAGUGGGUUAUGGCAAUGGCUCUUGCCGCUUGUUAAGAAGUCUGAUAAUUUUGUUAUCAGACAAGCUGGUCUGGAUGGAUACUUCUUUAUCAGAUACUGUUUUAAUGUUGCGGCUAUUUGUUUUGUUUACACUUUGUUGUUGUUCCCAAUUUUGCUUCCUGUGAACGGUGUCAAUGGAAAGGGUAAUGAUGGACUGGACCGCUAUACCUUUGCAAACGUGAGGAUCAGAGGACGUUAUUACGCCCAUGCAAUUCUCGCGUGGGUUGUCUACCUUGGAAUUAUUUACGUUAUUUACAGAGAGUUGACGUACUACGCGUCGAUGAGACAAGCUGUGUUGAGUUCACCACGUUACGGUAAGAAGCUUUCAUCCAGAACUGUCCUUUUCCAAACAGUGCCAGAUCAGUACUUGGAUGAGAAUGAAUUCAGAAAAUUGUUCGAUGAUGUUAAAAACGUGUGGAUUGCACGCGCUUCUUCAAAGAUUGAGAAGAAAGUUGAAGAACGUGACAAACUGGCUUAUAGAUUAGAGGCUGCCGAGGUGAAGCUGUUGAAGAUGGCCAUGAAAGCCAAGCUGAAAAAAGAGAAGAAAGGUGAGCCAGUGCCAACAGAUAUAAAUGAACUGGUCCCUACCAAGAAGCGUCCAUCUCAUAGACUUAAGUUCCUUAUCGGUAAGAAGGUCGAUACUAUCGAAUAUGCAAAGGAGAACUUACCGAUUUUGAAUAAAGAAGUGCAAGAGCUACAGGCCAAUCAUGACAAUGACAAGCCAAUGAACUCGGUGUUUGUUGAAUUUGGAUCACAAUACACUGCUCAGAUGGCAUACCAAUCGGUUGCUCAUCAUACUGCUCUGCACAUGUCCCCACGUUAUAUCGGUUUGGAACCAAGUGACAUUGUUUGGCUAAAUAUGCGUCUAUUCUGGUGGGAACGUCUGGUUCGUAAAACUGGUUCUGUUGCUGCUAUUGUUGCUCUGUUAAUUUUCUGGUCCAUUCCUGUUGCAUUUGUCGGUUUGAUCUCUAAUGUGACUUACUUGACGAACAAACUCCAUGGUCUGAACUUUAUCUACAACCUACCACCAGCUCUUUUGGGUCUGAUCACAUCCAUGCUGCCAACCAUAAUGUUGUUGGCACUGAUGAGCUUGUUGCCAAUCUUUAUAAGAUCUAUGGCGAAGGCCUCUGGUGUUCCAUCAACUCAAAUGGUUGAGUAUUUCACUCAGCAGUCUUAUUUCGCCUUCCAGGUUAUUCAAGUCUUCUUGGUGACCACGAUUGCAUCUUCAGCAACGUCUACUGUCACACAAAUUGUUGAGGAACCUACUAGUGCAAUGUAUCUUCUGUCAGAGAAUUUGCCAAAAUCAUCCAAUUUCUACCUAUCUUACAUCUUGCUACAAGGUCUUUCAGUGUCAUCCGGUGCACUUUUGCAGAUUGGGACCUUGAUCACGUUUUAUCUGUUUGGACUUCUUGAUGGAACUCCAAGAAAGAAAUGGACAAGAUUCACGAAAUUGUCCUCGUGCAGUUGGGGUACAACUUUCCCAGUAUUUACUAACUUGACAGUUAUCACAUUUGCCUAUGCUAUCAUUUCUCCAUUCAUCUUGUUAUUUGCAUCUGUUGGGUUUUUCCUCAUUUACCUUGCCUACCUUUACAACCUGACCUAUACUUUCCAGGAGUCGCCAGAUGCUAGGGGUAUCCAUUAUCCACGUGCAAUGUUUCAAACUCUGGUUGGAGUGUAUCUGGGAGAAGUGUGUCUUCUUGGGUUGUUUGCCGUGUCCAAGGCUUGGGGACCAUUAGUAAUCGUUGCAAUCUUGUUAGGAUUUACAACUUUCCUCCAUACCAACUUGAACGAAGCCUUCGACCAUCUAUUAACUGUUGUUCCAGUUGAUACCAUGAAGCCACUCGAUGGUGUUUCUGAUACACCAUCAUACCGUCACCACAAUGACAGCUGGGCACCACGCGAUUCUGGACUCUAUGAUAAAUCGCUUCUCUCAAGUGUGAGACAUGAUAGUUCAUUCCUUUCCCCACCGGUUAAUGCGUUUGAAAUGGGCGACUUGAGUAGACUCAGUGUUGAGUACGCUCGCCAUGGUAGUAGUGUGCCAUUACUUGCUGAUGGCGAUGAAAAGUUGAUUCCACCAGCUCCGUUCUGGAAGAGAUUCUUGUUGCCACACAUCUACGCAUCGUACAAAGUGUCGAAAACACGUCUACCUGACAUAUAUCAAUUUAAGGAUCCAUCUGAAGAAACUGAUGCUGUGAAGCUUCAGCACGCUUAUGAUUACCCAGCUGUGUCUGCCAAGUGUCCAAUUCUCUGGAUUCCAAGAGAUCCUUUGGGAUUGAGCACUAUUGAGAUUGAGAAACUUAAAGGAGUUGUUGACAUACGUGAUGAGCACUCAGAAUUUAACGAGAAGGGAAAGGUUGUGUGGACUGGACCGCCACCUAGCUAUGAAGAGUCCAACUCCAGUGUUGAAGAGCUCAACAGUGAUAAAGCUCAAAAUGAAUCGAAUUGAAGGGCAGUGUCGGCGUCAUGACAGGAUGACCCAGGUGUGUGUUAAUAAUUGUGUUUUCUGUCUUUUUACUAUAGUUAAUGAAUAUCUCAUCGUGC